UCUUGUUAUGUGGUUGUGACUAUUGCAUUGGGUUCAUUUCUUUGAAAGAUUAUUCUCCCCAAGUUGUUUUCAGCUGGAGGAAAAUCGUUUUGAGAGAUGAAAAUAACCGCGAUAAUAGUUCUAAGCGGGUAUUUAAUUUGUGCCUCGAGUGAUGCUCAGUAUCCUUGGACAAAUGACUCGUUCCAUAAAUCUAUGUGUGGCAAAGCAGCUUGCGAGGAAUUGGUGAUAGAAACGGUAGCAGGUAAAAUUCAAGGCAGAGCUUUCGAGUCAGUUUUGAAUAAAGCAGAAUAUUACGCAUUUCUUGGAAUACCUUACGCUAAACCACCAGUGGGAUAUUUACGGUUUCAAGUUUCUCAACCCGUUGACCAUUGGCAUGGUAUAUACCCGGCUUAUUACGAGAAAAGUAUUUGUCCACAGAUAUACUUUGUAACCGAACUUAUAGGAAUGAGUGCUGAAGAUUGUUUGUAUUUGAAUGUUUACGUUCCACAAGUGAGUCCUUUGACCUUACUUUAUAUUCCUCGAAAAAUUGUUUCUCUUAAACCGGUGAUCGUGACCAUCCAUGGGGGAGCUUUCAUCGCUUUAAGUGGGUCAAAGUUGUUCUAUUCACCUGAUUAUUUGAUUACUAAGGAUGUCGUUGUCGUGUCCAUCAAUUAUCGCCUAGGAGUUCUAGGAUUUUUGAAUCUGGGAAUACCCGAAUGUGCUGGGAAUAUGGGUUUGAAGGAUCAAGUGAUGGCUUUGAAAUGGAUACAGCAAAAUAUCGCGAGAUUUGGUGGUGAUCCGAAAAACGUUAUGAUUUCAGGAGAAAGUGCUGGUGGAGCUUCAGUUCACUUUCAUCUCUUGUCACCCAUGUCCAGAGGACUUUUCCAUAAAGCAAUCGUAAGAAGUGGCACAUCUUUGAGUCCUUGGGCUCUCACUUAUAAUCCUAUCGUUCGAGCAUUUGAAAUCGGUGAACUAUGCGGAUAUCGUGGUAAAGACCGGUACAAGCUGUUGACGCAUUUGAAGACUAAAUCACUCUCGUAUAUUUCGGCUGCAGCUGCGCAGUGGUUUUUUCAUUACAGACAAGUAGGAUGUUUUGUCUAUAUAGCUUAAUUAAGCACAUAUUUUUCAAUUAUUUUGAUAGGCAACAUUUUAGUUGAUUUUAGGUUUACCCCGCAAGGCCUUUAAUAAUCGGGCCUUCUGUUGAGAUGCAUACCAAAGGAGCCUUUUUACCAGACUUUCCUUCGAAUUUGAUCAAAUCAGCGAUCCCAGUUCCUACCAUUUUCGGAUUCGAUAACAAAGAAGGAGUGUUCAUAAUUAUAGAUAUCGACAAUCAAUCGGUGGAAAAAGUGAGCAGAAGUUUUUCACUGCUCGUAACUGAUAAUUUUCCAGUAUACCCUAAGUCAGUUGCUGAAGUCAGUUUAAAGAUAAAACAACAAUAUUUUGGUAACAAACGAGUUGGAUUAAAAACUGCCAAUGAAUUA